GAGUCAGAUUUAUUUAUUUUUUUUAGACAAAUAUCUCGGUAAGCAUCUCGAAAUGUUAUAGCUUCACUGCAUAUUGCAAAAUACACCGGUGGUACAACUAAGAAGCUCAGGACUCCCUUCUGCACCCGUGGAAACUCUGUUAUAGAGUUAUGUGAUUCGGACUUCAGGGGAUGUGACCCGAGGCGACAGCAUCCGGCCUUGCCUAGACAGAGCUAGAGCUCCUAGGCAGCUGUGGACCCCGGCACGUAACCGAGCGCCACAAAUGCCACCCACCCAAGCAUGCGCAAUCCAGACCCCGGAGUUGCUAAGGCCCCCAAGAAGAUAAGAGACUCAGGAUAUAAUGAGAGCCAAUCCGAGGACGCAACAGCCAAUCGGCCAGCCAAUCCAGAUUCGAGAUUAAAUCAAGUACUCAGCAGUCGGCUUGCCCCACCCGUGUCCAAUCAGGGAGCCGGCUACUUUGGGCGGACUUUUCAAAACAGCGAAAACAAAACAAAUCGGGGGACCUUUAAAAGGUGUGAGGCGUCCAGAAGCGAUCUCCUUCCGCUCUCCGACCGGCUCGCUCAUCUUUGCUCCCUUCCGGUUCCAUCCUGAAAUGGGGCUGGAAUCCAGAUUCCACUCCCGGUCCUAGAUCCUGGCUCGGCAAUGCCAAGAGGAACAGAAGGGGCUAAGAGAGGCUGAGAACUGAGGCUUGGAGCAGGGACUCUUUUUCAGGAUCCACUGAGAAGACCGAGGAUCCCUCCGCGCGGAGUCACGCGCGCCGCCCCUUGGGGGCGUCGCAGACUCAAAACAAAAACAAGGGGUUUGUUCAGCUCUGGAGGCUGUGGCGGAGCCGGGAGGAGGUGGAGGUGCAGGGCGGGCGCGGCGCCCCGCUGAGGAGCAGGAUGCGGCCGAGGCUGUGAGGUCCGAUGCGGCUCUCGGGGCGCCGCUGAGGAGGCUGGUCCCCGAGCUCGGAGACGGGUCCGGACGCCGGGGCCGACACGAUGAAGGAUUUGGGGGCCGAGCACUUGGCAGGUGGUGAAGGGGUUCAGCUUUUCGGAUUGUUGAACUUCUACCUGGAACAAGAACAGAGAUACCAACCUCGAGAAAAAGGGCUGACCUUGAUGGAGGCUACCCCAGAGAAUGAUAACACUUUGUGUUCAAGACUGAGAAAUGCCAAAGUCGAAGAUUUAAGAAGUUUAACUAACUUUUUUGGAUCUGGCACUGAAACUUUUGUUCUGGCUGUCAAUAUUUUGGAUAGAUUCUUGGCCCUUAUGAAGGUGAAACCGAAGCACCUGCCCUGCAUUGGAGUCUGCUGCUUUUUGUUGGCAGCCAGACUAGCGGAAGAAGACUGUGAUGUUCCCCCCACACCUGACGUGAUCCGGAUCAGUCAGUGCAAAUGCACAGCGUCUGACAUUAAACGCAUGGAGAAGAUCAUCUCAGAGAAACUGCACUAUGAGCUGGAAGCUACCACUGCCUUAAACUUUUUGCACUUGUACCAUGCGAUUGUAUUUUGUCACACUUCAGAAAGGAAGGAAAUUCUGAGCCUCGAUAAGCUAGAAGCUCAGCUGAAAGCUUGUAACUGCCGACUUGUCUUCUCAAAAGCAAAACCAUCUGUAUUAGCUCUGUGCCUUCUCAAUUUGGAAAUAGAAACGAUAAAAUCUGUGGAAUUGCUGGAAAUUCUCCUGCUUGUUAAAAAACAUUUGAAGAUUAGUGACAGUGAAUUCUUUUACUGGAGGGAACUGGUUUCUAAAUGUCUAGCAGAAUAUUCUUCUCCUCAAUGCUGCAAACCUGAUCUGAAGAAGCUGGUUUGGAUUGUUUCACGGCGCACUGCGCAAAACCUCCACAACAGCUACUACAGUGUUCCUGAGCUCCCCACUAUCCCAGAGGGGGGCUGCUUUGACGGAAGUGAAAGUGAGGACUCUGGUGAAGACAUGAGUUGUGGAGAGGAGAGUCUGAGCAGCUCCCCUCCCAGUGAUCAGGACUGCACCUUCUUCUUUGACUUCCAAGUGGCUCAGACACUGUGCUUCCCACCUUAGAGUUCACAUGUCUGUGUCAGGGUUUAAAGUGUGUGUAUCUGUUUCGAAGCAAUACAUGGGGGAGUAGGUAGUUUUCUGGUCCAGCCCCCGUCUAGACAGGAAUUCGCAGACUGGAAUACCUAUCUUCUAUUUAUUAUUCAGAUCAGAUCAGAUCUGGCCUGUUUUCAUAUUUAAUCCUAAGCCAUCAAAUGGGUUAGUGCCUCUUCACAGUACUUUAAACAUUGGCACUUUAUUCUCCUGUUGACAUUUAUCUGUGGAGAAGAGGGAAGGUGCUGAUACCUUUAUUCCUUUUCCGGACUUUCAAAGAUGAAUAUUGUAGCCCAUCUGAAACCGUAGAGCCUUCGGGUGUCUUUAUUUAACAGACAAGGGCUUCCUUAGCAGGGACAGAGGGCAAUCCUUUUGUAGUUUAUCUUGGAUUUCCUUCUCCCCUGUUCUCAGAACAGAGACUACAGUACUCUUGAGUGUCAAACACCAAUUCUGUUUUUCUAAUGAUGGUGUAUUGUCUGAUCAGAUCCUCUUCAUUAAGAAUUAGAUUGACAUGUCUGUGAAUUUUAGUUUAUAAAUGUCUUGAGCUUUCUGCUGAAGCAGAAGUUCCCAUCAAGCUAGGAUUGUUAGUUGCAUCCUUAAUACCUAAGUAUUGUCAGGCUGUAGCAUCAUUUUAGUGUUACCUAAAAAGUUCAUAAUCUGCUAGUUUUGCAUGCACCUGUGUGAAAGCAGAACAGGAAGUGGAACCCAUAUGAGCAGAACAGGAAGUGGAAUUGAUAAGUGCUGAUUGAGCUCAUCUCACUUUCUUGUAUUAACAUAUCUGCAUGAUUACUUUCUAAUUGUUUUAUAAUUCACAUUUCAUAAUGUAUUGUAUAUGGGUGCCAAGAUGUGAUAUGAAGUGAAAGACCUCCAGUGUUUGUAGUGUUAGUUUAAAGCAAUUCUGUGUGGUGAUAUAGCCAAUAAGGAUGAAGAUGUGUACACUCUGGACAUGGAAAAUUUUGUACAGAGAAUUUUUAACUUUAUAAACCUAUGUGAAAAUGUAAAUCUUUAAAAAUGUACAUAAAAUACUGUAUUUUUUUUACCUUGUGUGUGUGAUAAUUGGUCAGUGCAUGUAAAUAUAAUUUAUUGUGUAUUCUAUAUUAUACUCAGACAUUGAUGACUUACUUUUUAUUAGUAAGUCAACACCCAUUGAGGUGUUUUCCAAAGUGGGUUUUUUUGAAUUCAGAAUAGGUCAUAACUCAAAAAUAAAAAUAUUAAUGGAUUCUC